ACUUUUUUUGUUUGCUUGAUAUGACCGAAGUACUUGCUCACUUGCCUCAACUUUCACAAUUAUCUCGUCGCGUUUGGCGUGUCUUAGGCCUGAAUCCUGGCAAGUUUACGCUUCAAGGUACAAAUACCUAUCUUUUGGGAGCUGGCCCAAAAAAGAUUUUAUUGGAUUGCGGAGAAGGCAAAUCUGAAUAUGUGAAACUAUUGGAAAGUUCUUUACAAGAAACACAUCCUGAAGCUUAUAUUUCAGACAUUAUCAUCAGUCAUGGCCACGCUGAUCAUUGGGGCGGGCUUGAAGACAUCUUAAACUCAAAAACACUCAAUCGAGAUAUCCAAGUUCAUAAAUUUCCUCUACCUCAAGGAAACCAUAUCGAUCAUAUGGAGAAAUUCCCUAAACAUCUUCAAGUCAAGUCAUUGUAUGACAAUCAAGUAUUUCACGCUGAUGACACAACUCUCAAAGUGAUUUAUACGCCUGGACAUACAGCAGAUCAUUGUACCUUUUGGCUUGAGGAAGAAAAAAGUGUAUUUACAGCUGAUUGUGUACUUGGACAAGGAACAGCUGUAUUUGAAGAUUUGACAAGUUACCUUGCUGGACUACAAAAAUUAGUAGACUUGAAUCCUGAUAAACUCUAUCCAGGCCAUGGGCCUGUUAUUGAACAAGGCGUAAGUAAGUUGAAAGAGUAUAUUAGUCAUCGUCUUGAGCGCGAGAGACAAGUGCUUGAUUUGAUAAAAACUCGCCAUGAAGGCUUGACACCUCUUGAAAUUGUUCAAGUUUUGUAUAAAAACUACCCUGAAUCAUUACAUAUUCCAGCUGCAAGAGGCAUUGUGCUCCAUUUACAAAAACUAAAGCAAGAUGGCCAAGUAAUGCCUUCACAAGAACAUGCCUUCACCUCGGAUAACUAUCCAAAAAUACUCAACAUAACAUGGACAUGGGUUCAGCCAAGAAAUAAUUUGUGAAA